AACUCUAAGAUGGCAAGGUUUUUUCCUAAUCAGAUCUGGCUUCGGAUAAGAAUUCGGAUACAGGCAAGGAUUAUUAUUGCAUAAAUAGACCGAUUUUCUUCUGAGGCUAUUAUUAUUAUAAUAACAAUAAUAAUUCCCUCCACGUUUGGACAACGGUUAUUACAACAGCAUUAUAUUACAGUACAUACCUGAAAACUGACAGAGAGACACAAGCCUCUUUUAAAAGAUUCUCGCUUUUACACUCUCUCAAGUUUCCUUCUUGCCUUCCCUUUCCUUCAAUUUAUCAAUUUAGGGUUCCUUUCCGCUUUUCAUUGUUUGGUUUAUAUCUCCUUGAAAACGUCAAUCUUUUUAAAUUAAUCCUUCGUUUUUUCCAAAUGGGUCUCCUUGAUUCCCUUCUCAACUGGCUCCGCAGUUUAUUCUUUAAACAGGAAAUGGAGCUAUCACUUGUAGGCCUUCAGAAUGCAGGAAAGACAUCUCUUGUUAAUGCAGUUGCUACUGGAGGGUACAGUGAAGAUAUGAUUCCAACUGUGGGAUUCAACAUGAGGAAAGUUACAAAAGGCAACGUGACAAUAAAGCUCUGGGAUCUUGGAGGUCAACGGAGGUUUCGUACAAUGUGGGAGCGAUACUGUCGUGGGGUGUCUGCAAUUCUAUAUGUAGUUGAUGCUGCUGAUAGAGACAGUGUUCCCAUCGCUCGAAGUGAAUUACAUGACCUUGUGGUAAAACCUUCCUUAAGUGGAAUCCCUUUGCUUGUUCUUGGCAACAAAAUCGACAAGUCUGAAGCUCUUUCAAAGCAAGCAUUGGUAGAUCAACUGGGCCUCGAAUCAAUUACAGAUAGAGAGGUGUGCUGCUAUAUGAUAUCAUGCAAAGACUCGGUAAACAUAGAUGUUGUCAUUGACUGGCUUAUCAAGCAUUCAAAGACGGCAAAAUGAUCCCAAAUCUGACCUUAUCCUGGUCAGUUUUAUUUUUCUAGAAAUGAUGAAGGGUAAGUAAGUUCCUAUGCCUUUGAAGCAGAACUGGUGAUAUAGAUAACUGGGGAAAUAUAACUUCCCUACAUCCGUUUGUGUGUUCUUCAAACAUUUUGUACAGUUCUUAAUCAAUUGAGGAAAGUUGUUCAUGCAUUGUUUUAUUUAUUUGUUUAUUCCUCCCAUAGUUUGUUGAAUAUGAAUUUAGGUAAAAUAAAAUUCCUGGUUUUAUGAGUGUC